AAGAAUAAGAAAAACACAGAAAUGAAGGAAGAAAAAAGGAGGAAAAAAUCAAAACGGCAUGUGGCAGAAAAUGAACAACCAGUCCAUGAAACUGAACCGAAGAAGAAGAAACAAAACCUGGAGAAUUCCCCGAGGAGUAAAAGAUGCAAGUGUCGUGCAUUUUUCCUGAUCAGCCAACACUGAUGUCAGCGACACGUGCCUUGUGAUCCAUCAAGUGGCAUUCCACCAUCUGCAACUGCUCUGUGAGGGCCACCAACAGCCUUGAAUUGUUUUUGCCUAUGUCAGAGAGCAAUCUGUUCUCUACAAAUUGUCAUGUCCCCCCUUCCUGUGGUACUUCCUAUGCGAAUAUCAGAGGCUCAUUCAUCCUGUGUUUUCAACGCUCAUGACAAUACUGCAGAGCUGUAUGGGCUCCAUGCUUCUGUCAGAGAUGAUGGACAGUGAGAAGUGCCGCACAGGUUUUGGGGAUUUUAAAAAAAGGCUGGAAAAUUAUUGCAUUAUGGGAUGAAGUAAGUUGCAUGCUGGGAACUUGACCUCUUGCUCACAGUCACCACUGUGUGACUCAUUUCUGCCCCACCAUGCAUUGCCAAAAGUUGCCAAAAGACAGUGUGCCGGCAGAUGGCAAGCUGCAUAGUAGAAUACCUACCCAUAGUGCACCACGCUGUGUAUCGACACUCGUAUUCCUGAGAACAAAAAAGGUGGAGGAGGAGAAGGCAGAGGAACUUACCACAGAGGAAAGGAGGACAUUGGAAAGAAAACUAAAGAAAGAGCGUAAGAAGGAAGAAAAAAAACUGAUGCGGGAAGCUGGAAUUGCUGUUAAGAAAGAAGAGCCCAAAAAACCAUCAGGAGCUGAGUUGGCACUGGAGUAUUUAACUAGCUGGUCCAAAAAACCAAAAGAAUGGAAGUUUCAAAAGACCAGGCAGACUUGGCUUCUUUUGCACAUGUAUGAUAAAGAGAAGGUUCCAGAUGAAUAUUUCUCUAUUUUAUUGGACUAUCUGGAGGGGCUUAAAGGCAGUGCGCGAGAUGUAACCAUGCAGAAAGCUGAAGCUCUUAUGAAAGAGUAUGACAAUUCGGAUACAGAAGAUCCAGGUCUGUUGGAGAAGUGUGAGCGCAUACGAAAAGUUUUACAGCUAUUAUCAUGAAAGUGUGUAAACCUUGUCAUUAGAUUUCUAGAUUCGUCUGUUUCUAUCAUUGUAUGGAGAGCAGGUGAAAUGCAACAAAUAACUUCUAAAAAAAAUAUGUAAAUACAUGUUUUUUCAUUAAGAAUUGUAAUUAUGAUAAGAUUUCAUCUUUCCAUUGCUCAUUGUACAAUAUUUUUAAAUCAAUCAUUAAACAGUUUAUUAAGGAGACUGUAAUCAAAA